GACGUUUGUUUUUGGUGUCACAUGAGAGACUCCAAUGCUAUCUGGCUAGCAAAAUGGCAGCAUUCUUACAGUGGCGAAGAUUUGUGUUUUUUGAUAAAGAAUCGGUUAAAGAUCCUGUAGACAAUGGAAAAAACUUUUAUCUUCCCAGCGGAAUAUCGGCGUCUGAUUCCGGCCGCGGUCACAUUGUUCUCGGAGAUAUGGAUGGCCAGAUCUGGCUUUUGCCACGCUCGAUGAAGCUUGAGUCCUUCCAGGCUUACAAGUUGCGUGUGACACACCUGCAUCAACUCAAGCAGCACAGCAUCCUUGUCUCAGUGGGGCAGGAUGAAGAAGGAAUAAACCCUCUGGUGAAGGUGUGGAAUCUCGACAAGAAGGAUAGUGGGAAUCCCUUGUGCACUAGGAUUUUCCCCGCAAUUCCCGGGAAUAAGCCAACAGAGGUGUCAUGCCUCAGUGUGCACGAGAACCUCAACUUCAUGGCCAUUGGCUUUACAGAUGGCAGUGUGGUGCUAACCAAGGGGGACAUCACCAGAGACCGCCACAGCAAAACGCUGACGCUGCACGAGGGCACCUGUCCAAUCACCGGCCUCUCCUUCCGCCAGGUCGGCAAGGUCACACACCUGUUUGUAGCGACGCUGGAAAAAGUCCAUUGUUACACGCUGUCCAUCAAGGAGUACCCCAGACUGGAGCUGGACACACACGGCUGUGCCCUGCGCUGCUCCUCCCUCACCGACCCGUCCCAGGACUCCCAGUUCAUCGUGGCGGGGGACGAGUGCGUGUACCUGUAUCAGCCCGAUGAGAGGGGCCCCUGCUUUGCCUUCGACGGGCAGAAGCUGCUGGCCCACUGGUACAGAGGCUACAUGCUGCUGCUCACCAAGGACGCCAAAUCGCCCAGCAAGGCAGCGUUUGCGAGCAGAGAGACGUCCCCCUCAGAAAAGCAGCUGCUGACCAUCUACGACCUGGACAACAAGUUCAUCGCCUACAGCGCCCCCUUUGACGACAUCAUCGACGUCCUGGCCGAGUGGGGCUCCUUCUAUGUGCUCACCAGGGACGGCAAGAUGUUUGUUCUGCAGGAGAAGGACACUCAGACUAAACUAGAGAUGCUUUUCAAGAAGAACCUGUUUGUGAUGGCUAUAAACCUGGCUAAGAGCCAGCACCUGGACAGUGACGGGCUGUCGGAGAUCUUCAGGCAGUACGGAGACCACCUCUACCUCAAGGGGGACCACGACGGGGCCAUCCAGCAGUACAUACGAACCAUUGGGAAGCUGGAGCCGUCCUACGUGAUCCGGAAGUUCCUGGACGCCCAGCGGAUCCACAACCUGACGGCCUACCUGCAGGCCCUGCACCGGCAGUCCCUGGCCAACGCGGACCACACCACCCUGCUGCUCAACUGCUACACCAAGCUGAAGGACAGCUCCAAGCUGGAGGAGUUCAUCAAGAGCAGCGAGAGCGAGGUCCACUUCGACGUGGAGAUCGCCAUCAAGGUGCUGCGGCAGGCGGGCUACCACAGCCACGCCGUCUUCCUGGCGGAGAAGCACGCGCAGCACGAGUGGUACCUGAAGAUCCAGCUGGAGGACCUCAAGAACUACCUGGAGGCGCUGCGCUACAUCGGACGCCUGCCCUUCGAGCAGGCGGAGAGCAACAUGAAGCGCUACGGCAAGACCCUCAUGCACCACGUCCCCGACGGGACCACCUCUCUCCUCAAGGACCUCUGCACCGACUACAAGCCCAAGAAGGAGGGCGCCGACAGGGAGACGCCGCAGAGAGGGCUCGAGGUUAAGGCCAACUCGGAGGAGUUCAUCCCAAUCUUUGCCAACAACCGGCGGGAGCUCAAGGCCUUCCUGGAGCACAUGAUCGAGGUGGAGCCCUUCUCCCCGGCCGGGGUGUACGACACGCUGCUGGAGCUCAGGCUGCACGAUUGGGCCCACGAGGAGGAGCCCGAGCAGAAGAAGGUCCUGCAGGGGGCAGCACUCUUCCUUCUGCACAGCGACAACACAGUGUUUGACAAGGCCCUGGUCCUCUGCCAGAUGCACAACUUCAAAGAAGGAGUGCUGUACCUCUACGAAAAGGGCAAACUGUACCAGCAGAUCAUGCACUACCACAUGCAGAACGAGGAGUACGGCAAAGUGGUGGAGGCCUGCAAGCGCUACGGGGACCAGGAGGUGUGCCUGUGGGAGCAGGCGCUGGGCUACUUCGCCCGGAAGGAGGAGGACUGCAAGGCCUACAUCAGCCAGGUCCUGCAGCACAUCGACCAGAACAACCUGAUGCCCCCGCUGCUGGUGGUGCAGACGCUGGCGCACAAUUCGACGGCCACGCUGUCCGUCAUCAAGGACUACCUGGUGAACAAACUGCAGAGGGAGAGCCAGCAGAUUGAGGACGACGAGCGCAAGAUCCGCCAGUACCGCGAAGAGACUGCUCACCUCCGCACCGAGAUCCAGGACCUGAGGACCAGCGCUAAGAUCUUCCAGAAGACCAAGUGCAACAUGUGCAGCAGUCCGCUGGAGCUGCCCUCGGUCCACUUCCUGUGCAGCCACUCCUUCCACCAGCACUGCUUCGAGAGCUACGCCGACAGCGAGGCCGAGUGCCCGACCUGCUUGCCAGAGAACCGCAAGGUCAUGGACAUGCUGCGCGUGCAGGACCAGAAACGGGACCUCCACGACCACUUCACCAGACAGCUCCGCAGCUCCAACGACGGCUUUUCGGUGGUGGCCGACUACUUCGGCAGGGGGGUGUUCAACAAGCUGACCCUGGUCACGGACCCCCCCGGGAGCAGGGCUGCGAGCAGUCUGGAGACAGACCUCCAGAGAGACCUCCUCACCCACACCAAGAGGAACAGCUAGAGAGAUAGUGUGAGUGUGUGUGUGUGUCUGUGUGUGUGCGGGUGUGUGUGUGAGCGUGCGCGUGCGCGUGUGUGGGCCUGUCUGUAGCGAUAGCCAUGCUAUUACAUGAACCGUGGCCCCAGAAUUGGUUGCCAAGCAAAGAAAGAGAACAAGUCUCUGCUGCACGAUCUGUGACGAUGAACUACUUAAUUUCCUCUUAACAUUGUCCAUAUUAUUGUCUCAUAUUGUAUUUAACAUGUAAAAGCAGACGAGUGUCAAAAGGCUUACAAGCUGGAUUGUAUUCAAUAUGUUUUUGUGUCUGCUUUCAUCGUGUCGGCUAAUCAGACUGCAGAUAUGCGGUUGUGUUUUAAGGCCACUCCCUCACUCUCUUGCAUAACUAACAGCAGAAGGAUGAAUUCCUAGUAUCCCUUCAGCAUCAUGUCUCAUUGUCUUAAGAAAUAAAAUGCUGACUAUCGA